CCUCGCCGGCCCCGGCCCCGCCCGGCGCUGCCCCGCGGCCGCGCCGCCUCCGAGCGGCCACAGCGGCGGCGGCGGCGGCAGCGGACCACAAUGAAUGUGGAACAUGAAAUUAGCCUCUUGGUUGAGGAGAUUCGGCGUCUGGGAACCAAAAAUGCUGAUGGACAAGUGAGCGUGAAGUUCGGAGUGCUGUUUGCUGAUGAGAAGUGUGCCAACCUCUUUGAAGCCCUGGUGGGAACGCUUAAGGCGGCAAAACGACGGAAGAUCGUCACCUACCAAGGAGAGCUGCUUUUACAAGGUGUUCAUGACAAUGUGGACAUCAUGCUGCUGCAGGACUGAUGCAGUAUUGCAGCUAUGCAUAAAUGGAAUUGUUCAAAACAGUUUUAUCAAUUGAGCAAUUGUUUGAUUUGCCACAUGCUCUUAAUACGGCUGAUCAUUCCAAGGCGUUUUGAUGUAUUUUGUAUAUCUUUAUAGUCAAAACAAAACUGUCCUAUUUUGGAAAACAUUCCCUUUUGUAAGUCUUCCUGAAAUGGUACUGUAUGUGAGUAAUGUAAAAGAUGCCAGAUCUUUUUCUCUCUCUCUUUUUUUUUUUUUUGUUAAAUCUCAGGUAAUUCUCAAAUGUCUGGUGGUUAUUUUCAACAUAUGAAGAAGAGGACUGGUAAUUUAAUGUUUACAAAUGAAAAUGUGCCAUGAAAGUAUAAAAUAAAAGCACAUACUAAAUUUGUGUUAUUCUUA